AGCCUGAUCUCACUCUUUAAUUUGAGUUUUUACGCAAUAUGGAAUCAUCCCUGGAGUUCUCAAACUCUUUCACCAGUGUGUCUUCGCCCUCCGCGCGGUGUCGGAUCUUCAAGAUCAUCGUGAUCGGAGACUCCGGUGUCGGUAAGACCUGUCUCACCUACCGGUUCUGUGCCGGUGAGUUCCUCGACCGAACCGAAGCCACCAUCGGUGUCGAUUUCCGUGAGAGAUUGGUCGAGGUCGAAGGCGAGAAAAUCAAGGAGGACAGAGAGGAUGGAGGAGAGAGGACGCAGGAGCUCCAGCUAUGGGACACGGCGGGCCAGGAGCGUUUCAGGAAGUCGAUGGUCCAGCAGUACUAUCGGAACGUUCAUGCUGUUCUCUUCAUCUACGACGUCACCAGACCAGACAGCUUCAGAGGCCUGCCAGCCUGGAUAGAGGAGUGUAGAAGGUACUCACUGGGACAGGAGAUAACCAGGUUCCUCGUGGGCAACAAGAGCGACCUCCGUGACACCUGCAGCUGUGACCCCCGCUCCAUCAAGGUCGAAGGUCAGGUGACACGGGAUCAGGCCCAGAAGUUUGCAGUUGCCCACGGGAUGAUUCUGUUUGAAACGUCUGCUAAAAGCCUCCCUGGAGGAGGAGGAGGAGGAGGAGGAGAACCAGGAGGGGGGCAUCAGGACAGCGUGGAGGAUGUGUUCAUGGCCCUGGCCUCCAGGCUGAAGAGACAGACCAGACCUCCUCCCCCGGUUCUCAACAACACAGGAGUGUCUGGGUCCUAUUGUGGGUCCUAUACAGGGACAUCUUCUUUCAGACUGCCAGCCAAGAAGAACCCUCAGAAAGACUUCUGGACAUGCACCUGUUGAGAGAGGCAGGGUGAGAAGAGGGAUGGAACAUGGGAUGGAGGGAGGGGGAACAGGGGAAUUUAGGGUGCCCACCAAGAACUCAGAGAAAGACUUCUGGACAUAUACCUGAAGGAAGGAAGGAAGGAAGGAAGGAAGGAAGGAAGGAAGGAAGGAAGGAAGGAAGGAAGGAAGAGAGGGAGA